AUGAUAUUGCGAAAGAGAGUGAAGCGGGGGACUCGUUUGGAUAAUGUGGACUUGGAGCCGAGGCUGAAAAAGCCGAUUUUAUUCCUAUUAUCCUCCUCACAUAACCAAGAUUCCAAACAACUUUUAAAGGAUUUAUAUCAAAUUUUUAAAGAAUUCUCAACCUUCAGACAAAAUCACAAAUCCAAUCAAACCACAAGCACAAACAAAUUAGCGUCUGAUUCUUCCGUGAACGUGUUGAUAAACGGCAGAAAUCACAGGGAGUGUGAAUUGAUAUGUGGUAAAUUGGGCUUUGGUUUAUAUGUCGUUGCAAGUUCUAACAAGAAAAGACCAAUCAGCAUCGGCUUCGGACGUAUGUACAACAGGAAAAUUCUCGACCUGUGCCAACUCAAAGUAUUACAAUACAAACCCACACAACAUUUCAACCAACUGGAUGUGGAAUUGAAUUCGAGGCCUUUGAUAGUGGUCCAGGGUUCAGGAUUUGGACAGCAAAAGGGACACCUAACAACCGUUCGUAAUAUUCUUUUAGACAUCUUCAAAGGACCAACACACACCAAAAUCUCACUCGACAACAUCAAACAUCUCAUCACCAUCACCCUCAUCGAUCAAUCCAACUCUUCUAACACUGUGGACACUACUAACACUAUGGACAAUGAGGAAAGCGUAGAAGUGGAGAGGCGAAAAGUGUAUAAAAACGGCCCGAAAGUGUUAUUCCGAAGAUACUUAAUUACACUCCUAAAGCCCAAGAAACUUGAACACAAUCACUCAAACACAAUGUUGCCUAGAGUGAGUUUGAGUGAGAUUGGACCUUCGAUUGACUUUGAGUUGGAGGAGGUGUUGGAGUCUGAUCCGUCUGUGCUAAAAUCCGCAACGCUAUUGCCGAGGGGUCCGAAAAAAUUAAUUGCGGGCGUGGCCGGGGUAAAAAAAUUAAAAAAGAGCAAAAACGUAAAAACCACAACCCUGGGAACCACAGAAGGCAAAGUCUACAUCAACCAACAACCACUCAACCAACUACAUACACAUCACCACUAA